GAUUCAGGAGGAAAAAUAUCUGAGAGACCGACCAAUGGAGGCUUCCAAGAGAGCCGCUCCUGGAGACACCUUAAAGGAGUUGAGCGUCUUGCCAGAUGCGACCGAGUCGUCGGAGUUCGCGACAGAUCCGCCCGGUUCGGUCGUGACGCCUCCGCCGGAGUCUCCUGAGGCCCGCCGCCGGGAGGAGUAUCAUAACCAGAUGGCCGCGGUCGUGGCGGCAGGUGUGGCUUUGAUGGACACCAUGUUUUUUUUCACCAGCGAUGUUUACCUCAGGGAAGAUCAGGGAAGUCAGGCACUCACCUUGUUGGCUAAGUAUUGGUGCCCACAAGCCAAACUCAAAAAGAAUGUCAUUGAAGGACCUGACAUUGAGCUUGUGAGAAAGGAGGUGUUCCAAUUGAAGUCUGCAGCAAAGUUUCCCUUGAACCCGGCAUUGCUACAAGUAGAUUCGUGGGGGCUGAAAAAGCUUUUCUCAUAUGCGGGUCGCAAAGCCGGUUUCUGGAAGAACGGGAAGAAGAGCCCUAAGCGACGGGAUCCAGUGGUGGAGGAAUUCUACUCAGAGCUUUUUAAGCACUGGCGUUUGAAGAAGGGAGUGAACAUUCCCUGCGUAGAGAUUGACGAUGACAAGGAUGAUCCCAAUUUUGAUCUUGAUGCCUUGUUCGAGGUGAAGGCUGAGCCAGGGGAAGAGUUAUCAGAUGACGACAGUGAUGUGGAACUCACAGACCAGCAGGACCCCUACAUGGCUGUGAUGGAUUUGGCCGAGAACCAGGGAGACAAGACCGACGAAGACAACAAGAACGCAGUUGAUCCACCUGCAGGACAAGCAGUUGAAGCAACCCAGAGAAAAGACCAACAAAGUGAAAGUGGGGAUGCUGUUUCAGUGGGGGUUCCCAAAGGUGAGGUUGCUGCAGAUCCCCAAGAACCUUCACCUGUGAAAAGUGUCCCUGAAUCUGUUCGUCCCAGCACCACAUGCCCUGCACCAUCAGCUAUCCCAGAGAAGAAGCAGAAUGCAGCUCUUGAUGAAAGAAUUGCCCGCUUGAAGUUUGAACUGGCUCAGCGCCGUGCAGCCAAAGCUGGCCACAUCGACACCGUGGACACUCAACCUUUUGAGGCGACCCUGGCAGCAGAACGCUUUGAGCAAGGUUCCCCUCCAGUUGUCAGCAGUCAGGUGGCACCACCUGAGGAGCAACCUGAUCCGGUGUGUAGGUCUUUGGCACGUGAUUUUAGCAAUGCUAACCUUGGCAAACCCGAUGACAACACAGGUCGUCCUCAGGUGAGCUUGGUUGAUACACCUGGUGAAGAGCUUCACACAGCAUCUGGCAAUGGCCAAGGCAACGCGGCAACUCAGGACACUUCCGCCACUCCUUUGCAUCACCCCGAAGCAUCAGCCCCAAAGGGUUUGGAUGAGGCAUUGGGAGGAGGUUCAGGGAAGCAAGAGGUUCAGGAAUCAAAGAAGGAUGUGAAGGAUGAGAAGGAGGUGGAGGAACGACAGCAGGAUGUGAAGGAUGAGAAAGAGGUGGAGGAUUCAAAGGAGGAUAUGAAGGAUGAGAAAGAGGUGGAGGAACGAAAGAAGGUCAUGAAGGAUGAGAAAGAGGUGGGGGAAUCAAAGAAGGAUGUGAAGGAUGAGGAGGUGGAGGAACCAAAGGAAGAUGUGAAGGAUGAGAAAGAGGUGGAGGAACGAAAGAAUGUCGUGAAGGAUGAGAAAGAGGUGGGGGAAUCAAAGGAGGAUGUGAGGGAUGUAGUAGGUGAAGCAGCUUUGGAGAGGAAGGAGCGAGGGGCGCAUGAAGAUGAGGUGGAAAAUGAUCAGGAACAGGCGGAGGAACACACAGUGACACACGAUGAGUCUCUUGAGCAAGGCACAGCAACCCUCGAACCCCGACAGCACCCUAGUGAAAAUACUGGGCAAGUUGAUGACAGUCAGCAUGUUCUUGAACCUGUGUCGAAAAAGGCCAAGACCAAGAAGUGUGACACUGCACCCCCGGUAGUGCUAGAGGUUGAGGAAACCCAAGUUGAGACCAUUGAGGAUGACAACCCCCCUGCCGAGACACUCGAGGCAAAAGCAGCAGCGAAACGAAAGUGCAAGAAAGGUUCCGCACCAGUGGAGGUUGUUGCAUCAGAUGAUGAAGGCAAUGCUGCACCUGAGGCAGAGGAGACAGAAGUGGCAUCACAGCAGGCUUCGUCCAAGAAGAAGGUUCGCAGCAGGGCUGUUAGAAAGGCCACGGGCAAGGCAAAGUCAAAAGCAAACGCCGCUGCAUCGGCUGCAAGCACUGAAGACACAGCAAACAAACGCAAGGAGCAGGACAAUGUCAAGUAUGAGGUUGUCAACCAAGAAGGGAAGACUGACAUUAAUUCUGCCUUUGGGUGGGAGGAGGAGGAGCAGGAGCAGGAUCACCAGCAAGGAGAACCAAGUGCCAGCAGCAAUUUGGACACAGAGGAAAGCAGCACAGCCCCAUCUCAGCAGCAGCCAGCCCCAGAGGAGCAUGAGGAGCCUGAGGAUCCGAAGGAGCCCAAGCUGCCAUCCUUUGCCCGUCGACCCGCCCCCAAACGUAAGCUAGUGGAGUGGUGGGAGUGGUGCAUGAAGGCCUUUGGCCAGGAUCAGUCGCUGGAGGAAAAGAGGCAGUUCACGGAGGCUGCAUUCAAACAAAUCCAGCCCUUCCUGAAGGAUACCUGCUUAGAGCUGACGUCUAUGCCGUAUGGAUUACCACGAGGAUCCUUGAACCUGGCCAAAUUUGGAGUGGGCCUGCGAUCCGUUCGAGGUGACCAGGGCUCGUUGAUUGUGUUGCAAGUGGUGGUGCUCCUGAUACUCUUGGUUUGGUGGCUUGAUCUGCCAAAAUGCGAUGCUGGCCCAUAUCAAGUGCUGGAGUACUUCGCUGGUGUGGGGCGAAUUGCUGCCAUAGAAACGUUGGUUGACGGGCUGGACCUUGUUAAAGACAUGUCCAGUCAGCCAAACCUUGAUGCUAUGAAUGAAGCGGAUAUCGAGAGGGAACUCCAACGCUUAGAGGCGGAGAAGCAGAAGCUCCAAGAAGGUGAACAGCGUCCUGUGCCGACACCAGUUCGUGCUUUGGGUGAAGCGGGGCCGGAGGAUGAGACGGUUCCUGCAGACUUAGAUUCAUUCGAAGUCCUGCAGCUUUCGCUGGAUCCAUACAUGGGGCAGUUGGUGGAAGAACCUUUGGAGGCUGGUGUUAAUGGCUCGUAUGAGUUGGACCUCAUGGCUGCCUUGAAGGGUUUGGUAGAGGAUGUGCCCAAGGCUGAAGAUCAACAGGGUGGUGACUCUGCACCGGCUCCCAGCCCUGCUUCCGGUGGAGACAAUGAUGUGAAGGUACUUCGCCGAUUGUUUACACCGCGUAAAGAUGGAAGCUACUUAGUCCCCAUGGAAUUUGUCGAGAAAUUCAAAGAUAUCGCUGGUGGUGGCAGGGCAGAGGUUUUGCGCUUAUACAAAGACAAGUGCAAUGGAAAUAAGGAUUCCUUCAUCCACACCUGUCGCAAGAAGGUGGAGCGAAUCAAGGAAGACGACCUCUGGGCUGAUGGAGAGUUCAUGACCGAGCAAGAUAUGAUUGAUGACAACUACCGACAGAAUCCUGUUUGCACUCUCAGCGGGAGAGACAAAUAUGAGAAGAAUGUUGAAUGCUUCUGGGUUGAGACCAAGGUUGGCGGCCGAAAGCUGAAAAGAAGGCGGGAAACCAUUUGUGAGGAUGACAGCAUGUCGGAGGACGAAGCUGGGAAGUUCAAGAAGGAGUUUGAUGAUAAUGCCAUGUUGGCCAAGCGAGCUGCUGAUAUCGAUUCUGCCCUAUGCAAGGUUGAGACGGAAAUCACCCGUGUGAACACCAAGGGAAUCAUCGACAGUUUCUCCAGUGAGCACCAGGACGAGCUCGAAUCUCUUUACAAAGAUGCCAAGAAGGUGCGCGGAAGCUUUGAGCCUUUGCACGCGUGGGCGGUGUGGCCAUUUAUGAACCACAUCAAAGCUGAGCAGAGAAAACGGGAACGGGAUCGUGACGCUCCGGCAGUAUCAUUGGCUGAGCAUGCUGAUGCCCUGGCCGAGGAGAUGGAAGGGGAUGCGAUGUGGCUACGAUUUCUGGGUGGGCUUCAGCGAGUGGCAGAUCCAGCUUCGAUUGUUUUUCCCCUGAUCGUUCAAGCUACUGACAGUGCACUGGCCUUUCAGGUCCUGCGCGAGCCGGCGAGCGGCACCCGGGGACACCCUGAGUUAAUGGUGAUGCGUUUGGGCGCAGAUGCUGACAGUAGAGCCCUGGACCACACCCUGCGCUUCAAUGCA